GUUGGUGUGCGAGAGGAGAUAUCAUCGUAUACGCGCUUUACAGUACGACGACGGCGGUGCUGGGAUUUGGUCGUCGAGUCACUGAGGACUGAUUGACUGUUUUGACGCUGUUUGACGAAGGAGAAGAACCACGACGAACGACCCGACGGAAGACGAGGAAGACAAAUAAGACAACAACUAGCGAGUAAAACGACUCACUGGCCGACAACAACGACGACGACAAGGAGGACCAAAACACUCAGUCGACCAACACUCACACCCACACACACUCGACUCAACACGAACGAACCCUCACCACUCCCCAAAAUGCCCUCCUUCGCCCCCCUCCCAACGAAAGAUACCCCCCAACCCACCGUCUCGGAGGAAGAAGCAGACGCAGAGCACAGCAGCAGCAGUCAUAGCGACAGUAGUAGUCAUAAUCCUCACGCCGACGCUGCAGCGGAUGGAUAUGCCGACAAACCCCGCCGCCGCCAAACCGUAGCCAACAUGCUCCGCCGCCGCGCAACAACAUGGCCAGACCGCCCGCAAACCGUGGAAAAGACAGCGCGUGCGCGUCUCGUGGAUUGCGCGCCGUAUGCGGCGCUUCUGCUUGUGCCUGUUGGGUUUCUUGUCCUGGCAGGGUUUAUAUGGCGGCUCGGCGGGCGCGAGCGGUCCGAGGGCGGAGACAGAGUGGUGCUCGCGAUGGGUGUAGCGUCGACGCUGUGGCCGAUUGGAUUCGCGGCGGUGAUGGGCCCGAUGCUGAAGAGUGUAGCGCUGUGGGCGGCGGAGAGGGGUGUGACGCUGCGGAUGCUCGAGCUCCUCUCCUCCAGCGACACGGUCGUCAGCACGCUCAAGACCUGCUUCGACCUGCAAUACAUCAGCAUCUGGCCGCUCGCCCUCAUCGCAAUCUGGCUGCUCAGCCCGGCCGGCGGCCAGGCCGUGCUGCGUGCCCUCACCCUGCACACCCCCGUCCUCACUGCCUCAUACCCCCUUACCUACCACCCGUCCAGCGCCAUCGGCAUCCCCCUUGACACGCUCACCUGGGGCAGCGCAUCGAGCGGCUUCUACGGGGCGGCCGGGGGCGUGGUACGCAUGGCGUUUGGGGCGGUGAUCUCUGCGCCGAAUGCGGCGGCGUUGUUAGUUAAUGGCACGACAACAGCCGGGAGCUUUGACGAGGCGGUGGAGAGGCUGGGCGGGGUGGAAAAGGUGCUUGCUGCGGCGCGGACGGAUAUCUGGGGGAAUGUCCGGAUGCCGUUGCUGGAGAUGCUGCCUGGGUAUGAUGCCGGGAAGCCGGGCGAGUGGGUGGAUGUGCCCACGGAUCAGGUGCCGGUUUAUGAGUCACUGGUAGGAGUCCCAGUGCGCGGGGUGCCGAUGGGCGAGGUGGGGAAUCUGACGUUUGGUAUCGCGGCGGCGUAUACGCGGCUGACGUGCUCGGACUGGCAAAACACCACGACCUGGGAAACGGACUACAGCAACCGGCUCGACGGCCAACCCUACAACGCCUCCGAGGCCUUCGGCUCCGCCUCCGACCCGGGCUCCUCAAACAUCAAACUCACCCUGCUCUCCACCCGCCUCUACCCCCUCCCGACAAUCAGCUUCGGCACCCGCACCGACACCACCCUCUGCACCAUCACCACCACGCACAUCGACGCCCUCGUCUCCUGCGCCCGCGGCACCCCCUCCGGCGACCUCUCCUGCCGCGCCCAGCGCGCCCGCCACUCGCCCGAGUACCCCGUCUCCAACGCCACCGCCCAAUUCGACCCCGCGAACAGCGGCACCGCCGCAAUCCAGUUCUUCGCCAGCAUCCCGCGCAUCCUGACGACGUAUCACGCCGGCACGCAGACGCCGCUGGAGUCGUAUCUAGCGAAUCCGCUGAACGGCGGGAUCGAUGCGAGUGUGGGCGGCGUGGCGAUUAAGGAUGAAUACAAGGAUCUUCCGGCGGGGGUGUUUGAGGCGCGGCUUGCGGUGGUGGUGAAUUCGGUGCUGCGGUUGACGUAUGGGACGGCGAUUGUGCUGGGGACGUCGGGGAUUAAUACUACUGCUGCGUCUGAAGACACUACCGCCGCCGACUACCAGCCUACCUACGCCAACACAACAGGCACGUGGACGACCUUCUCGCCGCCGAUAUACGACCUGCAUAGGGGCUGGCUGGCGCUGUACACGCUCUCGAUUGGGGUGCUGGUGCUGGCCGUGCUGGCGAUGGUGUACUUGCGGUCGCGGAUCCGGAUCCCGGAUAUGCUGAAUAGCAUGUCGAUGUUGGCGCGUGAGUCGCCGUAUGUGAGCACGGCGCCGGGGGGCGGGAUGUUGGAUGGGAUGCAGAUGGUGGAGGUGCUGGGGCGGAAGAGGGUGCGGAUUGGGGAUGUGGCGCCGGAGAGGGCGGUCGGGAAGAUUGCGUUUGCGGAUGAGGAGCGGGUGGAGAGGGUGCGGAGGGGGAGGUUGUAUUUGUAGGGCUUUGGGGGAUGUUGUGGGGUGUGGAUAGUUGGUAUUGGUAUUUAUUGCUUGUUUUUAACUUUGUGUGCGUGUGGUGCUCGUUCAACUGUUCUGGUCGAUUGAAAGUAUGGAGUUGAUGCUGAUGAGUACGAGUCUGUCACGUUGGCUGAUUGUAACUGAAGUGACCAA